AUGCUCUCAACUGAGUCCACCGAGCGGGCCUCAAAUUGGGACUUCUCCCCGGUGUUUGACCUGCUUAGGUCUCCUACCUAUGAGGGGUCCUCAUAUCUCGCAUCCACGUGUAACUCCGAACUACCGUCGUCUUCCGAAGAGAAAUCCAGACAUGUCAAACUUGCAGCCUGCAGCCCAGCCUUCAAGCCGAAACCUCAACGAAGCUACACUAGAUUGGGAGAUUUUGGUACUCUUUGGGAUCUCCUCGGCCAAGAGCUGUCAUCUACACAGUCUACAAAGGACACAUUACCCGCUGAGGCUCCCAACACCAAACCGCAUGAUACCAAGCUGCCUCUUGGGCAAUCUUCAGGGUUCACUAUUCUCAAGCGACCUUCUCAAGAUGAAACGGGAGAAGAGAAGCGUCAGCCCAUACCCUCUACCUCUCGCACCAGCGCCAUCUUUGCAUCGGGAGAUUCAAAACCGCAAAUCUCCCAGACAACACUUAAAGAAUGCUCCAACCCAUCUUCAUCUGCCAAAGUGAUCACUCUUUUAAAACGAACCGCAGACACUUCAUUACUUCAUGGUGAUCCUGCAAUUACGUUACACCCACGAUCGCCUCCAAGGCCUAUUGGUGGCGUUAGUAGUUCUCCCAUAUACACUCCUAAAGCCAAAACCAAAGCUAUUGCAAAUGAAGCCAAGUCUACUUUGAAAGACGAACUUUUAUUAUCAGAAUCAAGUGCAGGUGCAGAAUCAGAUUCGAGCGCUGUUAUCUUUGACCAGCCCGUUAGCAAGAAGUCUGGUGUCCUGACGUUUGUUCCCGCGCAAGUUGGCACUCUUGACGCAAGGACAAAUCAUUGCGAGACCCCUUCUUCCUCAUUUGACGAAAAGGAUUCGACAUUGACGUCGGAUGCCUUCAAGAAUGUCAUUUCUACUUCAGCUGGCAUUCGCGUCCUUCCUGCCACCUACUCGACGGCAACAGACCGCAGGAUCGGGCUAAUGACCCGUUUGCUCAAAGACUUUCCUGAGUAUGCUCAGCUUGUGUCUCAAGUGGGACACUCUUCAAAAUCCAACAAGAAGUGUGUCGAAUCUCGCCCUAUCCAUGUUUUUGUCGACAUGUCUAACAUAAUGGUGGGAUUCCACGAUUCGGUAAAAGUGUCGCGGAACAUUCCUGUCACAACGCGGAUUCGCCGUCUUCAUAUGUCCUUCUCGAAUUUCUCCUUGAUCAUGGAACGUGGCCGUCCGGCCGCCAAGCGAGUCUUGGUCGGCUCCGACAGGUUACCCUCCAUUGACGAAGCCGAAAAACUCGGCUACGAAGCUAAUAUCCUCGACCGUGUCCACAAAGUCAAGCACACGACACCACGUCCACCCAAGUUCAAGAAAGCUUCUGGCUUCGCCUCUCAAGCGGCGCUAGGACCUGAAAUGGCCGGCGCCAGUGGAGAGCGAUGGGUCGAACAGGGUGUGGACGAAAUUUUGCACCUGAAGAUCCUAGAAAGCUUGUUGGACACGGAUGAGCCGGCGACGAUUGUGCUGGCGACUGGCGACGCGGCGGAAGCUGAAUACUCUGGUGGAUUUAUGCUCAUGGUCGAACGCGCUCUACAGCGUGGCUGGGCUCUCGAGCUGGUGAGCUUCUCCCAGGUCACUAGCUAUGCAUACCGGAAGAAAGAGUUUCGGGCCAAAUGGGGUCAUCGCUUCCGGAUGAUCGAACUAGAUUCUUACGUAGAGGAACUCUUUGAUUGA